CGACGGAACAGUCGGAUGGUAUUCAUCCGUGGGAUGUUUCCAGGGACUCGUCGACAUCCCAAGAGAGAUUCUCCGCAGAAUGAGUGGGGAGAUCAGAAUUGUGUGUUUUCCGUGUCCUUCGUUCAACCCCCGUUUUGUUGUGUUUGUGUGUUGCGUCUCCAAUUCAAGCUCUUGCUAGGGUUUCGCGGGGACGUUGAAGCAGUUCACCACAGCAGCAACAGCAGCGAGCCUCGACCCCUCUGCGUGUCGCCCAUCUCCAUGGCGUCAAGAGUGGCCGCGAUCUGGAACCAUCCCGCGGGCCCCAAGACCAUCCAUUUCUGGGCACCAACAUUCAAAUGGGGCAUUUCUAUUGCCAACAUCGCGGAUUUUCAGAAGCCAGCUGAUAAGAUUUCCUACCCCCAGCAAUUGGCUGUGACAGCCACUGGCUUGAUCUGGUCACGUUACAGUAUGGUCAUUACUCCGAAAAACUGGAAUCUGUUCAGUGUUAACAUCGCAAUGGCAACAACAGGAAUUUAUCAGCUCUCACGCAAGCUUUCCCAAGAUUACACGGAUGUCCCAGAGGUGCCAAGGAAGCAGGUCGCCGCUAAGGAAACUCAAUAAUUACUAUUCGCUGCCUUCUGUUCUUUCUCAAGUGGAUUUAAUGUAACUGAUGCGUUUCUCGCAUGAGUUAUUGGCACCUUACUGUGUCAAUAUGGCCAAAAGGGACUGGCAUUUUUCUAUGGGGUAGAAACCAAAUAAAGGAUCCUGUUUGUAUCACUUCGUAGUUAAUGCAGACGAUAAGUCUGGAUGCAGUGGCUUGUGUGCUAAUUGGCCAUGAGUGAGCUACUAGCUGGCACUUCGUUGGUCAUUUGUCAUGAAAGACGUGAUUUUUUAACUAUAUCGGUGAGCAUGUAGACGCUACAAACUCAAUGCGUUUUCUGAGAUUC